AUACUUUGAACAUGUACCCUCAUUCUUAGCUUGUGUCAGAUUCUCACUGCUUUAAGAGUGAGUAAAGAAGGCUUCAAGCACAUUUGUUUGAGAGGACAUGGCUCAAAGUAGAAUCUCAGCAAUAGCUUCUUCUUGUUCUGAAAGUGGAGAGGAUUCAUCAUCUCUUGAUUCUCUUCCCAACGACGUAGUGGCCGGCAUUCUUCUGCGGCUGCCGGCGCAGUUUCUGCACAAUUCUGCAAGCCAUGUUAGCAGAAAAUGGGGUGAAAUAUCAGAAUCACAAUGUUUCAUCAACUCACACCUACUCACUCAUCUCUCUGAGUGUGAAUUCCUCAUCCAAGACGCUAACAAGGUGCAAUCCAUUAAUGCAAGGGACUUGAAACUUGAAGAAACAGAUUUAGGUGCCAAAUUUCAUGGAAGGAUAAGUGGCAGUUCAGAUGGUGUGUUAUUGUUCAACAAAUCAUCAGGUUCUGUUAUGGAUUUUUAUGUUGCAAACCCUGUGACAAUGCAGAUAUUGAAACUCCCAAGUCUCAAAUCAACAUGCAUGAUUAGUAGCCAUUGCAGCAACAUUGCAAGAGUUUCAUCCACUGGUGAGAUCAAAGUUAUUAGACUUGGAAGAGACUCAUUAAUUGGAAUGUAUAAAUGGUAUGUUCUAACAUUAGGCAAGGAAAUGCAUUGGAGGAAAAUCAGUAACAAUGCACCCAAAGAAUGUGACCCUGCAUCAUAUUUAUCAUUUGUUCAAUCUUUAUCUGUUAAUGGUGUUGUUUACUGGACUAACUCGUCUUGGAUUACGGACCCCUCCGUUUUCGCCAUGGAUCUCUGUCAUGAAACUGCUUAUCAUUUAAAGGUUCCUGGAGAAUGUCAUGGCCAGUACUGGACACUUGUGCAGAUGGGGAAGGAAAUUUGUUGUAUGAAUUGUGGUAAGGAUGUGGAAAUGAAGGUUUGGAAGCUCAAUGAUUUGCAUAUAAAUGAAUGGAUUUUGAUCAAGAGUAUAAGAUUCUCUAGUGAAAUUUCAUUAUUAAGAGGAAAUUUUUGUGUUCCUCUAACUUGGUUGGAUUUAGAAGUUUUGGUGCUAAGUGUGUAUGUUGGUGUUAGGAAUGUGGUUGUGGCUUACAAUGUGAAUAAAGGAGAGUGCAUAGUGUUAAAGAUAGAUGAUGUUGCUCGCCAUACAAUUUUCUUGCACACAAAUAGUCUCAUCCGGUUUUAG